AUGGCCCUGGGCGCCGCAAAGGCGGAUGAUGGAGAAGUCAAGAGCAUUGCGCCGUACCUCGAUUCCGACAUGGCAAGUCGUUGGUAUGAUUUUGGCGGAGACACCAUCAUCCGAACGGACUCAUAUAUUCGGUUGACAUCGGACCGCCCGUCGCAAACCGGCUGGCUCUUCUCGAGAGUACCUCUGACAGCAACCAACUGGGAGAUCGAAGUCGAGUUCAAGAUCCACGGCAAGAACCAGCUCUACGGUGACGGCUUCGCCAUGUGGGUGACCAAGAACCGCGGCCAGGCCGGCCCCGUCUUCGGUAGCCCGGAUAACUUUGAAGGUCUUGGCAUCUUCUUCGACACGUACAAGAACAACCGCCCCGGCACCGUCUUCCCCUACGUCAUGGCCAUGUUCGGCGACGGCAAAACCACUUACGACAAGGACAACGACGGCAAGAACACGGAGCUUGCCGGCUGCUCCGCUCGUGGCAUCCGCCACGCCAGCGUGCCUACCAAGGCCAAGGUCACCUACUUCCAGGACAAGCUGCUCAAGUUGGAGCUGCAGUACAAGAGCGAGGGCGAGUGGACCCAGUGCUUCGAGACCAGCGAGCCCCCUGCGAUCCCGCAGAUCGCCUACCUCGGCUUUAGCGCCGAGACGGGCGAGCUGAGCGACAACCACGACAUCAUCUCGGUGCAGGCCAAGAACCUCUACACGACGCAGGCCGGCAAGAGCAACAGCAAGACGACCCCCGGCAGCGGCAAGGGCAAGAAGGGAUCCUCGAUCAAGAAGGAGAGCGGCGGUGGCAGCUGGACUUGGACCUUCUUCAAGAUCUUCCUCUUCUUUGGCGUCCUCGGCGGCGGUUACGUCGGCUACACGGCCUGGAGGGCGAAGAACGACAAGAGACAUCGCUUCUAA